GUAAUUUGGAAUGUACCGAGUCGAAAUUGUGUUAAAAAGAAUGUAACAAUUCCUCUUGAAAAAUAUCAUAUUCUUGCCAAUAGUGGCAAUGAGUUUUAUGGUGAACACAUUGUUACUUUAUACGAGACGAAAUUUGGCUUAUUCCCAUAUUUUAAGAACCUUUCUGAUCCAAAAUCAGCGGUCAAUGGCGGAAUUCCACAGAAAAUUAAUUUCCGUGCGCAUUUGCGACAAGUCAAAUGGGAUAUUGAGAAAGCAAUACCAAAUCCGAGCUUUAGUGGCCUUGCUAUUCUGGAUAUAGAAGAAUGGCGACCUCUGUGGUCGACUAAUUGGGGUGAUAAGCGGUUAUACCGAAUCGAAUCAAUUAAAUAUGUACUCAGGCGAUAUCCGCAAAUAAGUCGGAAAAGUGCAAGAAAAAUCGCUAUUAUCGAGUUUAAUAAAGCAGCAGCGAAUAUAAUGAUAUCAACGAUUCGUGUGGGAAUUCAAACUAGGCCAUUUGCAAAAUGGGGAUUUUAUGGAUUUCCGUAUUGUAAUUAUGACGCAGGUUCCGAAGGUGAAUAUGAAUGUUCCCCUAUUUAUCAAAGAAUAAACAGCAGAUUAAAUUUUAUAUUAAGCAAAAGUAAAGCGCUAUAUCCAUCGAUAUAUUUGUAUAAAAAAUCGGAGGAGAAUGAAAAUUUUCGAUAUAUUCAUGCAGUUCUUAAGGAGGCUAAACGAGUUUCGUCACAAUUCACUCCUAAAAAGCCCAUUUUUGCAUUCACUCGUGUCGAAUAUCAACCAUAUGAAAAUCCAACUUAUUAUUAUAGCGAGUUUGAUCUUUGCAAUUCGCUUAAACAAUCGAGCGAUCUAGGCUUAACAGGCGCGAUUAUUUGGUCAACAUCAUAUGGUAUGACAAUUUCACGAUGUUUAGAUUUGUCGAACUAUGUGAUUAAUCGACUAGGUCCUUAUAUGACAACAGUUAUUGCGCGUGCGAAAAUAUGCUCUAACAAAAAUUGCCUAAGACAUGGCCAAUGUGUAAGGGAUGAACAACAGUGCAAUUCGCUUACUAAAUACAGCUGUGAAUGUGAUUUUGGGUAUCGCGGUGAUCAUUGCCAAUAUCGUUACUAUCUUUCUUGGUUGAACAAUUAG